AUGACAGUUGUUAUUAGAUAUGUGAACAAACAUGGAGAGGUGAUUGAACGAUUUAUGGUUGUAGUUCAUGUUGCAACAACUACAGCUGCUUGUUUGAAUGAGACAAUCGACUCUUUAUUUGCUAAGUAUGGUUUGUCAGUGGCGAGAUUGAGGGGUCAAGGAUAUGAUGGUGCUUCAAAUAUGUCUGGAGAAUUUAAUGACUUAAAGUCACUGAUAAUGAAAGAAAAUCCGUAUGCAUGGUAUGUUUAUUGUUUUGCUCAUCAACUCCAGCUAGUGGUUGUAGCCAUUGCUCAAACAAAUCAAUAUGUUUGUGAUUUCAUGUGGAUUGUUGGUUCGAUUGUGAACACAUAUGCAUCAUCUUGCAAAAGGGCUGACAAACUUCGACAACUUAAACAUGACAAAAAAGUUAAACUUCUUGAAAGAGGAGAUAUUAGUUCUGGUAGAGGACUAAACCAAGAAACUAAUCUAGCUAGACCUGGAGAUACACGAUGGGGGUCUCAUCAUUCAACUUUAUGUCGUAUUGAACAAAUGUGCCCAUCUGUUAUAGAGGUUCUUCAAAAUUUGAUUGAUGAUGGUGAUCGUUCUUCUAAGGGUUUAAGUAGAACUUUGGUUGAAAGAAUGAAGAGUCGUAGUAGUUUGAAGAGAGAUGGAAAAAAUGUUAAUUUUUAUCACUAUUACCAUGUUGAAAUCUUUUGUGAGGUUAUCGAUAUUAUUCUACAGGUGAUGGAUAGUCGUUUAUCUGAAACAACUAUAGAUUUGCUGAUUUAUAUGUCAUGCCUUGAUCCUAGAAACUCGUUCUUUAGAUUUGAUGUACAGAAAGUAGUGCGUCUGACUCAUUUUUAUGAGGAUGAUUUUUCUUGGAAUGAGCGGAUGUUAGUUGAACAAGAGCUUGAAACAUAUAUUGAUGACGUCAGAUCAGAUGAACGGUUUGAAGACAUUUCAGAUUUGGGAGCUCUUGCAAAGAAAAUGAUUGAAACAAUGAAGAACCGCGUGUUUCCUUUGGUUUAUCGGAUGAUUGAGCUAGCCUUACUUCUUUAA